UUUCGUCCCUCUGUCUCUGCAGACCUGCUCCUCAAACAUGGCUGACGCCGAAGUCUCCCUGUCCCCGGCUCUGCGGCCGCUCCACCUAAGCCCCUCCCACUCAGCUCCGCCCGCCUCCUCCGCCUCCCCGACCACCUUCUCCUGCCCCUCCUCUCCCUCCAGCGCCUCCUCUUCCUCCUCCUCUUCAUCGUCUUCUUCGUGUUCUGAGAGCUCCUCCGACUGCCCCGUCCACCACCACCACCAUCAUCAUCAUCACCAUCAUCAUCACCCCCGCCCUCAGCUGCAGCUGCCCCCGCCCCCCCACGGCGAGCAGCCGUCCUCGCCCAGCGCCAGCCCCCGCAGCUCCAGCCCCAGCGGGAGCAUCGCCAGCACCGGCAGCCUCGGCAGCAGCACCAGCGAGGGCAUCGGCAGCGGCAUGUCGAGCGCCGGCGACCCGCGGGGCCCCAGCCCGCCGCUGGACGUCAUCUCAGAGGACGCCAUGGAGAUGGACCUGGGCGUCGACCAAGUGAUCGACCCCGAAGUCGCUCUGAAAGCGUGCCAGGAAGUUCUCCUGAAGGUCAAGCUGCAGAGCAGAGAAGUGCCUGAACAGCAACGAGCUGACAAUAAACAGCGACCGGACGAUCAACAGCAGCAGCAGCAGCUCGCGGACUGUGCAGAGAGCUGCAGCCCUCAGUGGCUCAUCAGCGCCGACACCAGCUCCAUCAAAGAGGAGGAGGAGGAGGAGGAGGAGGAGCAGGGGACGUCUGGGAAGGACGGAGAAAAACAAGGCGGCGCCUCCCAGAACCCUCCUCCUCCUUCAGCGCGGCCGGAGUCGUCCUCGCUGCUGUCGGCGUCGUCCUCGUCCUCGUCCAAGCAGUCGUGGCUGCUGCGCCUGUUCGAGUCGAAGCUCUUUGACGUUUCCAUGGCGAUCUCCUACCUGUACAAGUCCAAGGAGCCGGGAGUGCAGGCGUACAUCGGGAACCGCCUCUUCAGCUUCCCCGACAGCGAGGUGGACUUCUACCUGCCGCAGCUGCUCAACAUGUACGUGCACAUGGACACGGAGGUGGGGGACGCCAUCCGACCGUACCUGAUCCACCGCUGCAGAGGCGGGAUCACCUUCUCUCUGCUGACCGCCUGGCUGUUGGGCGCGUACUCCUCCGACAUGCACAUCUCCACGCAGCGUCACUCCAGAGGCACCAAACUCCGAAAACUCAUCCUGUCGGACGAACUCAAGCCGUCUGCUCCCCCAGCGGACGCUCACAGAGCCGUUUCAGCAUCCGCCUCGGACAGCCCCGUGUCCUCGCCGUCCCACCGCCGCUGCCACCGGAGGCACAAUAGCAGCAACAUGGAGCCCGCCGCCGGCACCGGCCCCGAUGGCCCCGGAGACGGCGAGGUGUUUGUGUCCCCGUCCAGGAGGACGCACCAGAGAUCCAAGUCAGACGCCACCACGGCGAGCAGCGGGCCUGGCUCCGGCCUGCGACGGACAGGAAGUAACCCGAAAGUGGAGGCUGUCCAUGAGGAG